AUGGCCCCCAAGAUCGAGGCGCAAGAAAUCGAAACAUACUGGAAUAUUUUCUCGACCCGGACAGGCGGAGGAAAGUUUCUUACCGGCGAACAAGCCGCACCGGUAUUGCAAAACAGCGGUCUCCGGGAUGAUCAGCUAGAACGAGUAUGGGACCUGGCAGAUGUGGAUAAUGACGGGAACUUGGACUUUGAGGAAUUUUGUGUUGCUAUGCGACUGAUAUUUGACGUUCUCAACGGGGAGUAUCAAGAUGUACCAAAGACCCUUCCCGACUGGCUGGUCCCGGAGUCCAAGGCGCAUCUUGUCCAGGCCACCCGAGCGAUCACAGGCAAGCAACCGCAGUUCGAGCAAGUGGAGGACGAGUCAGAAGACCUUGGCCUGAAGGACGGCUUUGACUGGUACAUGAACCCAAAGGACAAGGCAAAGUACGAGCAAAUCUACCAAGAGAACCGCGACAUGCGCGGAGAAGUACCAUUCAAUGCGCUUGAAGACCUCUACGAGUCGCUAGAUGUCCCCGAUACCGACAUCCGCUCCGCCUGGAACUUGAUCAACCCAUCCGCCUCGGCCGCCAUCAACAAAGAUGCGUGCCUGGCCUUCCUCCACAUCCUAAACAACCGACACGAGGGCUUCCGCAUCCCUCGCACAGUACCCCCAUCCCUGCGAUCGAGCUUCGAGCGCAACCAGAUCGACUACCAGGUCGACAACCAGCGGGGCGGGGCGAACUCGCGCUGGGCGGCCAAGGCCGACGAGUCCACCAGCACGGGACGGAAGGCCAAGUUCGGCGAGCAGUACCUGACGCGCCUGGGCCGCAGUGGGUUCAAGACUUCAGGAACAGACUUCUCCACCGAGAAGACGGAGGACUGGGAGGAGGUGCGGCUCAAGCGGCAGUUACAAGACCUGGACGAGAAGCUCCAGAAAGUCGAGGAGGUCGCCGAGAGGCGGAAGGGCGGCAAGCGCGACUCAAAGCCUGCACUCGUAAAGAAGGAACUGGACCAGCUGCUUGAAUACAAGCGUCGACAGUUGAGAGAGCUGGAGGAGGACUCAGGGAAGGGCUCCGGCGGAAGCCUGAAGAGCAUCUCUGAUGAUUUGCAGACCGUGCGGGAGCAGGUCGAAGGCCUCGAGUCGCAUCUGAGGACCCGCCAGCAGGCAUUGGAUGAAAUUCGACAGCAGAUUGAGAAUGAGAAGGCA